AUGAUUCCGCAUAUUCAAUCCCGCUCCUUGUUAACUAGCUGCAAUAAGAGCGUCGAAUGUCCGGGAGGCAGUGACGAGAACGGGUGCGACCAUGGCUGCGCCUCAAGCGGGCUGUUCGCCUGUAUACGGCAGAUGGUUUGCAUCAGUAUGAGACAAGUCUGUGACAACCACAGAGACUGUUACGAUGGAUCCGAUGAGACACCAGAAGCAUGCAGUCGAGUUAACCGGACUUCUACAAUAUUUCCUUCAAAUUCGUGGGGUGAUUGUACCGAGGGAUUUAGGUGCGCCGAUGGACAAUGUAUAGAAUGGAUACAGGUGUGCGACAACAAAACUGAUUGUCUUGAUGCAUCUGAUGAGAAUGGAAAAUGCUUAACAUCAUGUGUGAAAGACAAAUGCGAGUUCGAGUGCCAGCCAACGCCAACAGGUCCUCACUGCUCCUGUAAAGUGGGGUAUAACCUGAGAGCUGACAACUUUACCUGUGAAGAUAUUGACGAAUGCCAGGAAGAGGUGUGCUCCCAGAUAUGUUUCAACACUCCGGGAUCUUUUAGCUGUUCUUGCCAUCGUGGCUAUGCGCCCAGAGCGGACCGUCGAUCCUGCAAAUCGAUUAAGGGAAGCAUGUCAAUUGUCUACGCGGCAGGCAACACUGUACGGUCUCUAGCAGGUAAUGGGACUCUCAGAGUAGAGUUCAACGACAAUCAGAUACCUACCAUCAGUGAUAUGGAUAUGGACGUAAGGAAAAAUAUACUGUACCUGAGUGUGCCCGAAGCCAACAAGUUACUCGAGGUUACCGCAGCACGUAACGUUAUUGAAGUUACCAAUAUUGGGAAACCAACCAGGGUUACUCUAGACUGGGUCACAGGCAACGUGUAUUUCGUCGACAACACACCAUCAGCCAAGCGAAUCCGCGUAUGCCACAUCAAUAAAAUGCGAUGCGUUAUGCUACAGAAAUUGCCCUCCGAUGCUAACGUGACAGCUCUGAUUGUAGAUCCGAGUUCCCAUCGUAUGUUUUACUGUCUGACCCGCGAAUUAGAAUCUGUCGUUUGGUCCGCGAGUUUAACCGGAGCUCACGUAACCGAUUUGACCACGGUUCGUAACUGCACUGGGCUAGCCGUCGACCCAUACAUCAAGAAACUCUAUGUAGCUGAAUCCGGACCAGGUCAUAUAAUACGUAUGGACUAUGAAGGGGACAGACACAAAAAGAUAUUAGCAUAUAAGCCUCAAAUGCGUGAGCCCCAGAGCUUAGCCAUUUACGAAGAUCACAUUUAUUACCUCGAGGCCAACUCGGUCAGCUUAGGUCGUUGCCUCACCUUUGGUCACAAACAUUGCGACAGUUACAGCUACCGCUUCUCCAACGCCAACAGUUUUGUGAUCCGACACGAGAACAUGCAAAGAGAUGAUUUAAUAAACGGGUGCGAGAGAUCUACUUGCCCCGGUAUUUGCGCAUUGGACGAAUUUGGACCCAAAUGUAUUUGUUACGAUGGGCAAUUUGCAGCGCAAGGGCAGUGUCCUUAUAUAGACCAGACACAGUUUCCUCUCUUCAAUGGACAACCAUACAAGGAAUCAAUGCCAAGAUUCACAGUGAUGGGCUCAGUAUUUCUUGUAGUCUUCAUGCUGAGCGGGCUGGCCGGGCUUACGGUCUUGCUUUACAGGCACAAGCAGAGAUUGCGAGCAGCCGCACCUUACGCAGAAGUGAGGUUUCACAACAGAAAUGACUCUCCAUUGGGGUCUCGUGACCCUAGUAUACAAUUUGGCGAAGCAGGCCCCAGCUCAUCUCGCGAGUUCGUAAAUCCUAUCCAGCUUGUUAAGAAUGCUUUCGAUACUCUUCGUAGACAGGAUUCACCAGAGCGCACCUCAGAUUUAGAAAUUGUUGUACCCACCUCUCCGCCUCAGCCUGACUUGUCUGAUACCGAGUCAGAUUUGGAUGACAAAGAGAGCAACAGGAUUAUGAAACCUUCGUUUUAA